AAAAUAAUUAUGGAAAAUAAUUAUUCGCAAUAUAUUGAACCGUCGCUGUACUGGGAAAGGAAUGAUUCAGUUGUUUAUGAAUUAGGCUAUGCCAUAAUUCCUAAUCGGGUACUGCUUCCCAUUGAUUAUUAUCCUAUACCUGAUAUAAAUGACCUUGAAAACGGCACAGCAGCAGCAGCACGAAAUCAAACCAACGCCACAGCAUAUGUAAGUGUCCUAUGCGGGUUCCCAAGUUUUUGUUCGUAUUCAGCUUACAAUGUAUGUUCCAACACAACUUUGGUGGAAUGCGAUGAAUGCAGCAUGAUCGGGGCUGGUUUCUUCAUAUUUGCUUGUGUUGUUCUUGGUGCGAUGAUUUUGAUAGGAAACUCGCUCGUGUUUUGGUACAACUUCAGGAAUUCAAUUCAAGACAAAUUCAGCAUCAUGAAAGCUUCGCUUUCUGUAGCCGACUCAUUAGCAGGAAUCCAAAUUUUCGGCGUCGUACUUUACAACGUCAGCUGGACGAUAAACUCAACAUCGCAAGAACUGGACAUGAAACAGCUUUUGUAUCAAGAUUCCCCUCAAGCAAUUAUUGGAGGAAUGUUUUACAUAAUGAGUUUCACGUCAUCACUAUUUCAUUUAUUAUACUUCAGCGGGCAGCGACUUUUCGCCGUGACGUAUCCAAUCAAUUACAAAAUACAGAGUAACGCUCACGUAGCGUUUGGACUCGUUCUAACUUGGAUUUUGGGUGUGAUUUCUGCUACCGUGCCAGCAUGGUUUCCAAAUACGUACACCUACUCGUACUACCACACAAUAUAUCUCUUCUUGCCGUCGAUCCGGAACUACAGUAGUACCAACAACAGCUCAUCGGGUGCAGCACUUGCACUAGUUUUCGUUUUCUCAAUUUUACCAUACUGUCUCAUGGUUAUUUUAACCAUUACUUCGGCACUCCAAAUCCGAAUUCGCCUCAUACGCUCUGCCAGUUUGUCCAAGAGCAUGGACAAAGAUUUAUUAAAAAAGAAAGAAGUAAAAUUGAUAAAGACAGUUGCUAUAAUGCAGAUUGGGUUUACCGUCACAUUAGUUCCGGUCGUCGUGAUUCUUGUUUUGUUUUAUGCCCAUGUCUUCUCUUGCAAAAACGUUUCAACGCCUUAUGUUAUUGGAUUCUACAUGAGUAUGUCCAACAGCCUCGUCAACGUGUUAGUUUACAGUGGACGGGAUUCAAAAUUUCGUGCUUGGUUAAAAAGUAUUGUUACAUGUAAAUCGGUUCCAGCAAAGGAAGAUUCUCACACUUCGUUCUCAGCAACACGAAACCACAAUGCGAAGGCAACAACAGAAACCGAUAACGCAAUUCAAACCUCUAAAAUUGUAUCGCGUUAAGUUGUAUCGUUUGUGUGAUGUAUUGCAUAGCAGCUAAACAUAUUGAUUGAGUAACUAAGUCAGGGUGGAAUGUUAUGCGGCCUAAUUUAUUAAUUCUGGUUUAAGAUUUUACGCAGCAGCUGCAGUUUGUCAAGAAAAAGUAUAGAAAUACACUGUUAAUCGUUUAUUUUCUUUUCUUUACUGUAUUUAUGACAUUUAGAAAGUUUUACUUGUACAAAUAAAAACAAUCAUUACAUGUCACAGUUUCGACCAGCAACUUUACUGUCGGAAAAUUUGCGCCAAAAAAUGUACCUACUUUUACUAUCAGAGUAGUUGUUUAUGCAUAGAUAAUACAUAUAUUAUCUAUGGUUUAUUUUUUAAACUUUUUAUUGUAAAUUUAUUAAAAACGUUCAAAUUCGUAUCUGGUUUACUGAAGUGGAUUCUUUCGUGGGGAUUUCCCUAGAAUGUAACGUAAAUUUUAAAUUGUCAUGUGGAAAAUUUUUAUUAAAGUAUUUGCGCUCAA